UGAUCCAACGCUUUGUACAUAUUGACGUCCGCCCGCCAUGAUCGCACGGUUGUCCCUUGCUUUGCGCUUGGCCGCGACAUUCUACACCGCCCUGGCCUCGGCAGCUUCACAACAACCUCUUGGGGUCGAAUUACCUGGUUACAAAGUAGGCCAGCCUAUACCGGUCUCCUGCCUAAACCGGACAGUUGACACCGGCGAACACAUUACCGACGAGUCCGGCCAACUGUCCUACGUGCCUGCCUUCCGCUGUAAUGAGACUGGUCGGCCUCUCGAGCUCGUCUUUGGCGUAGAAAAGGACAUCAAUUGCACAAUCGACUUUAUCGACGACCCGUUUUUCCACCUCCUCGAAUUCUACGUCCACAACGAUGCGCCGCUUACAUGUCGAGUUCCCUCGAAACCUCUCCCGCCGGCGGUGAUGGAAAAAGAGUUUAAGGAGGGCACAAAGGACAACACGGAUGGGCAAGGGAGCUUGAGCGAUGUGUAUACGCCGAUGAUCAUUGCAUUGACGGGCACGCUGCAGCUCAGUCAUCUGCAUGUUAGCACGAGUAUGAACGUGUUACUGCAUGCGGCGCCGAAGUCGAUUUCGCCGGGAACGAUCGCUGCGGCGACGGCGUAUUCGAUUUCGAGGGAUCCGCCCUCGAGACUAGUCAUUGGAGACCCGUUGCCGUUCAGGUUCAGUGUGAGGUGGUACCCGAAUACACAAUUGCCUUCUGGUUGGGCCGGCGUGGGUGGACAUUUGACGCUCAGCACAAUGGUGUACUGCGUACUUUCGGCGUUGGCUUCAGCGGCGAUAUGUGUGGCAUAUUUCAGAGGAGUGGAGUUACCGAGGAGGCUGAAGAGUCACGGAAAAGAUCGGCUGGGCGGCAUGGAGAGGGGUGGACUGGGUGGAUACGGCCUCGCAGGUGCGAACGGAUACGGCAUGCCAGUCACGAAUGGGUUCGGAGUGUAUGGCAUUGGGAAGAGGGACUAG